UGCCAGCAUGGAUAGAGGAUUGGCUGACUGACAGAAGGCAGAUAGUGGGGGGAAAACAUGAUCUUUCUCAGAGAUGGUAGCCAUUGACUAGUGGAGUUCCACAAGUGUCAGUUAUUGUGACCAUAACUAUUCGUGUUAUACAUUAACAGUCUUGACAAAUGAUCUGAGGCAUCACCGAAAGUAAUUGGCCAAGGAUACCACAUCUCUCACUGCAGUCACGGCGGAGUUCAGCUGAUUGGGCUGGGAACCAGGAAGGGAACUGAGGACAACCUGGUCUGCAUCAUUCGGCUACUCGACAAGUGUUCCCAACUGGCGCUCAGCUUUGGUUGUCUUCAGUUGGAGCUGACAGACCAUCGCUGUUCUAUGUAAUGUCUCAACCCAUUUACAAGCGGAGCCACUGACGUCAGCCAAUUCUCCUGUAUUUUAUAUAAACACUGUGGGAUCUCCUGGAGUUAAAGUGCCAGCAAACAGCCGCUGCCAAUGAUCCAUUCUGUCCAGCUGAAGACACCUUUACCGUUCCCUCUCUCCAGAUCUGUAACCAGCAUGACAUCAACUCCACUGAUUUUCCUUGCAGCCUUACUACUAUUUGCCAGUCGCACCCCUCCAGCUGUUUGUCGUGCUGUAGAUCUGAAUGUCUUUGACAACAUUUAUGAUCCCAAUAUCAACACAGCCAACAUUGAAGAAAAUGACCAAUCCCUUUCCUACAUUCUGAAGGAAAAGUUACUCCAAUCUUUGGGGAAAAAUCCCAAGUACAUGAUGAUGUUCUCUCACCUACCUCCAGGUUAUCUGCAGAUGUUGGAAGAUAUCUUUGUUAAAAAAGCCAGCCGUUUCCUACGUGAACAUUCCUUAAAUACAAAAAGCCUCAUGCCCACCCAGCAAGCUGACCAAGAUAUAGUAGCAGCUUUCACAGGACGCUCCAAGAGACCCGCUGAUCCACCCAAUUCCUUGGAUCUCACAUUUCAUAUCUUGAGGGAAAUGAUUGAGAUUGCCAAGAAUGAAAAUCAAUGGAUGCAGGCAGAUAACAAUCGUAAAAUUAUGGAGACAAUUGGGAAGUGAUGUAUGAAUUUAGAAUGUGUAAUUGGCUCAUUCUGUCAUCAAAUUAAGAGUUUACUCUUUGAUAUUCAUCACAUGGAACCCCCACCGCCAAAGUCACUAAAAAAUGCACUAACCAAAUCUGUCUUAUGGAACGCCUUUAAGUCUGAAAGAAAUGUUUGAUUUAAAUUUACCAAAAAAAUAAAUAUUCACGAACUAACUGUUCAUCAUUAAAUUUUUUUCUCAUCUAUAUUUUGUAAUAAAAAUUCUUUAAAAGGAUUAUUUUGAAUCAAAAUAUUGUUCAGACUGAAAAAACUAUAAUGGUUGUAAAGGGACUGAGAUCAUUGAGCUGGAUUUUGUUAAAUGAUUGGAUUUGAAUUUAUUAUUUUAAACACAAAUAUUUUGAGUUGCUGACAGUUUGAUUAAAAUUCUAUUCCAAUUCUAAAGUUCAGAUAUUAAUCAAAGUUGUCUUGUGGAUAAAAUCUUCCCAAGUUUCACUUUGUACACACAAAUAUGGAAAACAGAUUCUUUUGUUAGAUUUGAGGGGGUUAAAUUGAUAUUAAUUCAUUCAAACGGCCUUUUUUCUAAAAUUUAUUCUAGUUUUAACAUGAACAAUAUUGAAAAUGCUUUACUGCUGCAAAGAAGAAUCCUCUAAUAAAUGAUUCUUAAUCUUCAUUCAAUAAAUACAGCAUGUAUUUUAUGAUGACUACCAGUAGAUUUGUUUUGAUGCAGGUGCUUUUGAAAUAAAUUAUGACGCAAAGAUUUUAUUUAACCUAUUUUUCUAAUCAAUCUGUUCAGCAAUGUUUUUAUACACUUCUGGAAGAGGUGGGCCUCCUGUUCCAGGGGCAGGGACAUUACCACUGUACUACAAGAGGGCCCUAUGAUAUGGAUUGCUUCACAAAUUUGCUUUCCAUCCCAAUUUUAGUGUGUGUGCUGCCAAUUUAUAUAUUUUAACAUUAUAGAAUCUAUAAAGCACAGAGACAGGCCAUUAAGCCUGCCAAGUCCAGAUCGCCUCUUUGAACAGUAUCCCAUUCAGACCCAGACCCAACCCCAUCCCACCCCUCUAACUCCACAUUUCCCAAGGCUAAUCCAACUAGCCUGCCAUCACUGGACACUAUA